AAUUUAUCAAACGCUGUAAGGUGAUUGUCACAAAACGCCUUCCAAAGAAAAAUUCAUUGGCCAUCAUUGGACCACCACCUGGCAGUGGAAAAACAUAUUUUCUCAAAAGUCUCACCAAUUUAGUGUGGAAUGUUGGCUACAUUGAAUCCAACAUUAACCAAAAAUUCAAAUUUUCCUUUUGAGAAUUUAUACAAUCGAUACCUGGGUGUUAUCAAUGAAUUUAAUUGCAGUGAAUCUCAACGCGAAAACUACAAAAAAGUUUUUGACAACAAGCAAAUGGAAUUUGAAGAAAUCAACUUGAUUGAACCAACAUCGCAGAACAACUUGGUUAACCACUUGAUUGAAUAUAUUUAUAAAAAAUGUUACAAUCCACGUCAAGCCAACAUUCUCAUCAAAGCAGUCAACAACAUAACAUCAACAACAACAUUGACGAAAUCGCUAAAAGACAACUUGUUAGACUUGGCUCUGAGUUACAAGAAUCACUCACAGCCUUCUUUAACCGAAUUCUAUCAAAAAAUAAAUUUCUGUUCAACAUCAGAAGACUGCAGGGACUUAUUGUCCAUAAUAGCUGGUCAAAUGGGUUUGGAACCGAAUAUGAAAACCUUCGAGAUGUUAUCACCAACAUCACCAGAAAAUAUCACAACAGCAGCGGGAUAUGGGGCCUGCACGGAGCAAAUACCAGAUUCGCCCAUAUCCACUGACUCCACAUGUGUACAUCAUACUCAAACGGGGACUGUAAAUGCCGGAUCACCGAGUACCUCCGCAACAAUGGCUAUACGAUCCACUGGGACAAAAGAUAUAGCCAGGAAGGCCUUGCCAGAAGACUCGCGCAGUCUACUAUAUAUCUAUUCCAACGAGAACGACAAUUCAUAUGUGUCCUAAUCGCUGGAAGAAGACAUGAUUUCGGAGGAGAACUGCUGGCUAGAAUUAAAGUUUACAGAGAUGCGGCGAUCGCAAUCGAGUAAUUUGGCACUCGAAGCAGAUUGCGUCGAAAGAUGGACCAACCAUCAUUGAUAUUCGUCAAAACUCUAUAUGGCCAUCUAACAAAUACUAGGUUUUGCAUUAGAAAAAAUUAAAAUGCAAAACUUGAUGAAAAUCUUAAAGAAUCCCAAGCCGAGAUUGAAAAAUUGUAAGACUAACUGAUCGACAUCGAAUCUAUCGCUGGACAAUCAUCACGAAUCGACCAAGACAUAAGACAUGGCAAAAAAAAAAUUUGCAUCCGAACAAACGAAAACAAUUCAACUACAGUUGGAUGAAUGUAAAUCUAGUCUACGACAAGUGGAACGGGAAAAAUUUAAUUGAAAUUGUAACUUUGAAAACUAAAUUCUGUAUACAAUUAGUUAAAAAUAGGCAUAACUCUUUUCAACAUUUUGUUAAUGGUAAAAUUUGGUCUCUACUUGGCGACCAGAAGCCUUAUUUUCUUAACUUAUUCUUGUUCCGUUUCUAGCUAUGAUGAAUGGCAAGAAACUUACAGGAAUUACAAAUCCUAAAUUGCAUUUCAUUAGUCAUUAUCCUAACUUGGCGGCAUUUUAUGGCCCGCUCGUCGAUUUUAAAACUGAAAAAUUGUGAUCAUUAUCGACGAAGAAGAACAAUUUGAAGACGAACCAUUUAUCAGUAGUGAUCGCGUUGAAUGCCAGUUUUUGACUGAGGUAAGAAAUUCUUUGUCAGAUUAUGAAUAUUCUAUGUUUGAACUGUGGGCGGAAAAGAUGAUUGAAGGCCGAAUUCUUUACAGUUGGACUGGAGUGUCCAUUCAAAAGACUUUUCCUACCUUAAUUAGAUCUAUUCCAUUAUUUAGUAAUAAUCUUAAGGAUUAUCUUGUUCGGAUAUCCAAUUCAUCAUUCUUGCAAGAUAAAUUUGCUAUGAUGAAUCCCAACUACAUCCAACCUAAGAAAUAUUCAUUAGGAGACGAUGGUAGUUGUUUUUAUUACAUUCCACUUAUGGAAAUUUUAGUCAAAUACAUUCUGAAUGAUGAUUUGGUCAAGAUCAUCAGACAAGAAACUUCCGAAAAUGUUUCCCAGUAUGUUAGAAACAAUGGGUUACAUGGAAGACUUCGAUUGAUGAUCUAUGGCGAUGAAUUCGGAGUGUGUCGUACAGUUAGGGAAUCGUCCGACAAAUAUAAAGAAUACGUUCUUUAUAUUGAUGUAGACAAUAGAGUUCAAAAUUCAAAAAUUAAAGACAUUCAUUUAGUCUUAAUUUGGCGUUCCAGUGACCUCAAAAAUUCUGGUCGAUCGCUGGAACAUGUAACUGCUCCACUUUGUCAAGACAUCGCUAGAUUGACAAAUGAUGGUAUUUCCUAUGUUCUGGAUGGCGAAAGCAUCAGAAUUCCUUUCUGUGUUUCGCAUAUUCUAGGCGAUAAUUUAGGCGUAGCACAUUUGUUAGGGUUUCGCAUGUCGUUCGGCCGUGCUUUCAUUUGCAGGUUUUGUGGACUCCAAUAUUCCGGUUUAGAAUCAUUGAACAAUAAUGUUUUCCCCUUAGCAAUUUAUCAAUCGUAUGAAUCUUACAAUGAAGAUUUAAAUCGUGUGCUUUCUAACAAGCGCUAUGAAAGUCCAUACGGCAUCAAGUGUAGGUCGGCUUUCGACAAGAUUAGAAUAAAUUGUUUUCAGAUUGCUCCACCCGAUUCGAUUGGUGAUAUAUCAAAUAUGAAUGAAAUGAUGAAAGUAAUCGAUAAUUUGAAAAUUUUCAAGAAUUAUUCUUCUGAAGAAGAACUGUGGAAGAAAGCUGCCAAAUCGGAAAUAGCUAGCAAAAAUGUUAGCAAAAAUGCUAGCGAAGAUGAUACCGAAGAUGAAAGUGAUUAAAAAAGCGAAGCGUAUUUCCGAGUGGAUGAACGACGAAAAUGGCGUGGCGUAAUGGUCAUUUUUCUUACUUUUCCCUGACCCAACAAGUUGAACUUUUGAUCAUUUUAAGAACUUAUGUCCAGCCAUUAUUUUAUUAAUUUAUUGAUUAGUCAUUGACCAAAACUAGUAGUUUGUUUAGUAUUUGUUAUUUAUAAUAGAGCAAUCGAGCAAAAAAUGUGCAUCAUAAAAUUUUACUAUCAUGAUCAAAGGACCACUUUUACUAUAUAAACGAUUGGAAAACUGGCAUUCGUCACGAUAAUUUCAUCACUUUGUUUCAAGAACAAGAUC